AUAUGUGAGAGCUACUUGUGUUGUUAGUAAACAUGCUGCACAUAUUUUGUACAUGUAUACGUAAGGGCUGUCACAGAUAUUUGAUGAGAUAAGCUCACGCACUUUUCACACGCUCAUAAAAUGAAACAAAAAAUUAAAGAGGCGGAGAGCAGCCGUAGGCGCUCUUUUGUGGGUGUUUGAACACAUUUAACCACAUAAGCGUAGCGAUCCGGUCGAAUGUGUUUUCGACUACCUCUGAAUGUGGUCGAAAGUGGACAAGUUAAAAAGUUUCACACCGUUUACACCUGUAUUAGCGUCGUCCACUUGUGAUCCGUUCGACCAAAAAGCAUCUUAUUCCCAGGUGUAAACCUAAGGGCCUAAGGCUUUGGAUUUUUACAAUAUUCAUUUCUCGGUAUAAACAAUGUCGGAAGAGGCCCAAAAUCGAGUGGAUGAGGACUUUGAGUCUGAGGAGGGGGAUCUUGAGUCCUAUCUAGAGGAAGAGAGUAGCAGUGAGCUUCUGGAGAGAGUGAAGGAACUUCAGGCUGAGAAUUCUGCUCUUUCCCUGGCAAAUGAGAGUCAGAGAGAAGCAUAUGAGCGAUGCCUGGAUGAGGUGGCCAACCAUGUUGUCCAAGCCUUGCUCAAUCAAAAGGAUCUGAGAGAGGAAUGCAUUAAGCUGAAAAUGCGGGUGUUUGAUUUGGAGAGGCAGAACCGAACCCUGUGUGAACUCCUACAGGAGAAAUUACACAGUCAGUCAUGUGUACACCAGCAGCAGCCAGGACCCUGUUUGGACCACAUCGGCGAGCUGCAACACAGUGAAUCUAACAAACUAAUAGAGGCUCAGAGAAAUCCACAGGCAAAGGGACCCAGUGAAUGUGCACAAAAUUACAUACCUGAUACCCAGGGUUCAUCCACUUCCAUGGAGGCCAUGUCUCCAUUCUUGAAAAAGAAAGCACACAUCUUGGAAGUCCUCCGCAAGCUUGAAGAAACAGAUCCGCUUCGGUACCAUCGUUCCUCUGGCAUUCCUUCAAUCUGUGACUACAGCCAGGCUCUUGCCUCUAAAGAGGCCGUAUUAGCCUGCAGAGACAGUUCGUCCAGGUGCAAUGCACCCAAAGCACAUUGUUCCCAUUCCUGUCCAGAUGUUUGCACACAUCAGCAUUUGAAUGGAGGAGAGCACAGCAAUGUAAAGUGUGGUAGUUGUAGCACAUGCCUGAUGCUGUCCAAUAAAGACUCUGUGAGCUUAACGAAGAGUAGCCACAACUGUUGCACUUCAUCACCUAUCACUAUUGAUAACCUCAAUCUGUCUCGGCCUGAUUUUCAGGAGAAUACGGACUUGCAGAGCCUUGUGAAGCCUGUUGCAGGUACAAGUGAACUGUUUGUAAAUAGGACAUCUGCUGACCUGUCUGCUCUUUCAGCGGAACAAGGUCCAUCUAUAGAUUCCCACCAGUCAGAAGCUCCGGAUUCAUGCUCGCGUUUGUCAGUCUCAGAAAGAGAUCAGACUAGACCGGUUUCUGAUCAUAUUUCAGUAGACACAAGAGACAAGAAUAGGUUAUCUGACGUUCUGCUCGAGUCUAUGUCAAACAGGUCUAGUGGCAGCACUUGCAAUGACACAAUUUGUGACGACAGCGUAAUUGACGUGGACUCUGAUCUGAAGCACUUAAACGCUGUAGUGCCACAGAGACUUGAGAAGGACCGUGGCAGUGAAGAGCUUGCAGUAAAAGAUGACACAGACUAUCUCUGUCGAGCCAACAUAUCCGCUACAAAGCUGCCUACUCUUGGACUCAAAGACAAUUUACAGAAUGCACACUGUGAGAUGGAAAGCAAUGAAAUGGUUCACAAAGGUCUUUUAUUUUCUCCUAAUGAAAAUCACACCGCCUCAAAAGUGUUAGAUGACAUCUCGGUUCCAGUGAAAGACAGCACGCCAUCCGAUCCUCAAACCUGUAGAUCAAAACUUGCGGUCAGCCCAAGUCAAGUUUCCUGCCUUAGAGAGGUCAAGGCCUCACCCUCCAAACUGCUCAAAUUCCUUAAGAUACCCACUCUUAAUGAACGUACCGCAGUACCUACUCCACCUCGUCUCAGUCCUCAGUUGACGCGUAGCUCAAAGAUUCCUUGCCGAAGCAACAACUAUGAGGUUCACCAGUCGCCUGUAGCCACACGAAAGGCCACCACAACAGAGAGGCAAAGACAGCUGCCUGCUUCUAAAUCAGAGUCUCAAUCUGCGCCAACAUCUCCACCCCAGCCCGAAGAUGUUCCCACACCGCUGACAAAAGAACUUAGUUGUGGUAUACCUAAAACCAGUCGCGUAGCCAAACCUACACAAAGUUCUCACGUUCAGAGGACCCCUCAAAAAAUACCACAUUAUGAAAACGUCUCGGAUAUCUCCAAAACAUGUAGUACAGAUGUAUCCCAGUUACUCGGGGAAGUGAGCUCUUCUCUUCGCAAUUCUAGCCCUGGUAGUGAAGGAGUAAAAGUGAAGCAGUCGAAAUUUGUUAUGGAACGGCCGACAAAUCUCAAGCAGAAAGAUGUCUCGCCAGAAUCAGAUUUUUCAGAUCAAGAGGACAGCUCGGAGAGCCCAGUCUGGCAUAAGCAGGUUCGGAGUCUACCUACUCAGUCAACAUCCCAGAAAGUUCAAAGUGGGAUCAGCACACGCUCCAGAAGCCAAGAGAAAAGCGAAACUGAUGCUGAUACACAAAACAGAGAAUCACCUUUCAAAAGGAACGAUCCACCUCCUGUUCCUAAAAAAUCAGGGAUCGGAAGGCAUUCGGGUGAAUCGAGCCAUUCGUUUAAAGAAAGGUUGGCUGCCCUUGGUAAAUUAAGGAACCCGGAGGAAUCAACAGCUUGUCCCCAGCUUGCAGAGAAGAAAGAGGUUCAGUCCACAGCUAGUAUAGUAGCACAUACCCAAGAGAAAAUCAAAACUGCUGACAGAAAUUCCGAUUGUAAAUCAGUAGAAUAUAGACUUCCGAAAAAUACAGAAACCAAUGAUGAUAAAUCAUAUCAUUCAGGUUAUCUUGAUGGUGCUCUCCCCAAACAAGGGUCUUUUCAGCAUGGCGAGCAAGUGGUCAGGUCUCUUCCCUCUAGCACGUUAGUAUCUAAACCUGAACAUGAAUCUCCCAGAACAUUCAUAGCCAAGCAAGACAGCCCAAAAUCAAAGAUGCAUCCACCAUCUGCCAACUUGGAGGCUGCACAGGCUUUGCGCACCUAUGUUAAAAAUACAACGCCACAUAGCCUUUCAUACAAUGGAAAAAAUGUCAGUGGUAGCCCCAAUAAAAUACAGCUUAAGUCACCAACCAAAACUGUUCCACCUUCUAUGAACCGAGAUGGGAAACCUACCCAGGAGUUUCAGCGGUACAUGUCAAAAUCUGAAGACAGGAGCCAUCUCAGGGCCAAUAAGAAGAAGAAUUCCUAUGGAGAGAGUCUUCCUCCUCCACCACCAAGGCCAGUAGAAGUAGCAGAAGAAAAGAGACACUCUGUCCCCAGUCUACAGUCUUCUAUUGAACAGAAGGUCAUGAAAGGCAUUGAGGAAAACAUGCUGAAAUUGCAAGAACAAGAUAAAGGGCAAAUGGUUGAGGUCAAGCAAAAGGCUUCCAACGGAAUCGCUAGCUGGUUUGGCCUGAGAAAGAGUAAGCUGCCGGCUCUUAGCCGAAAACCAGAAUCAUCAAAAGUUAAAGAUGACAAGAGAGAAUGGAAACUCAAUAUAUCUUCUAAGGAUUCCAAGGGGGCUGCUAGAAAACCAGAGGGUGAGAGCUUGAACAUUUCUAUGCUGAUCGAGAAGGCCGAGGGCUUACAUAAAGCUCUUGAAGAGGAACGGGCUUAUGUGAAUGGAGUGGCUUUGGACCGACAAGGAAAAGGACAUUCCUGCGAGGUGGUGAUGGACCAGGCCCAAGGACAGCUGUCUGUGAUGUACAGAGGAGUGCCGUCUGACAACUUCAUGCAACAACUGCUUAACCGGGUUGAUGGGAAGGACACAGGGGCCAUCAGCAUGGCACAUCGGCGUCUCUCAUUUGACUGUAAAUCCAGACCUGUAUUUAGUCACCAGAGUUCUGGCAUUGCCAUUCAGACACGAAGCAGUGAUGACAUGCAAAAGGUUUCUACUUUACUCAGUAAAGAUGUUACAUCAGAUGACAACCUGGCUGAGAACAUUCAUCAUGAACACUUUGCAGGUUCUGGAAUCUCCACACAUACCCUUGACAGUGGCAUUGGCACGUUUCCGCUUCCCGACUACAGUGCAAAUGCCGGCUGCAAAAGCAUUCCCAAAGGAAAGACCCACGGGGAGAGCGACCCUUCUCUUUCCCAGGGAAAACAUGGCUCAGGGAUAAAAAUCUCCCAUAAGGCCUGGACUUUGGAGAGAGAGCUGUCCUCUUUAGAAGAGGAUUAUAUGGGGAGUCAGGAUAUUGAUCAUCACACCAGCACGUUGGAAAACAAGAUUCCAGCCAGCCAGAUUGCAAACAUUGUGCAUGAUGGCACUGAUAUCUGUGGAGCACCUAUGAAAAUAGGCCCCACCAAAAACUGGACGUUUCCUAACCUCAAAGCAUCAGGAGAGCCAUCGGAGGUUUAUCUUGGUGUUGGAGAUGGUGUAGAGCCAGUCAGCCAUAAAAGUUCAUUUAAGAGGCGCAACAAGAUUAGUGCCCCCGUAAGCAACCGAGAAGGCGACCCAAGAAGUCUCCCUCAACCCGAUCAGGCACGUAGAGGCAAAAGCCGUAUUCCUGCUAAUCCAGAGAUGGCGAGGGACACUGGUCUAGAGUUGGUAAGAGAGAGACCAGAUGAUAGUUUGUCUCCAAGCCAUCCACAAGUCCUCGAGACCCCCGAGUCCCUAAGUGACUCUCUCUACGACAGCCUCUCCUCCUGUGGUAGUCAAGGCUGAAGUUUUAGAGGUUAGGACUGAAUAAUAACCAGGUACCAACCUUUUUGUAAAACUGAUACUUGUGGUGAUUCUCACACAUCAGACAUUUUUCAAAGGUGGAUACUUAUGGAAAAAUCCAUUUUUUUCGACAGAGAAUAGCUCACAGAACAUGAUAUCCCCUGUACACUAAAUACACACGUUUGUAUCUGAGAUAGCCUGAUGAUGGAAGAAGGAUUUUUACAGCGUGUUAGUUGUGAUCUCAUUUUUUGAACCAUUAUAUCAACUCUGUCACCUCAUUUGUGUUCUCUGUUUCAAGUGGUAGCAUCGUAGUGAUGUCAUGAACUCGUUAUUUUAGCAUUCAGUUAGCUUCGGAGACCGUUCCAAAGUCUCGGUUCAUUGCAGCAGUCUUCCAGUUUUCAAACUCACCGAAUGUUCUGGUAUUGUCAUGCAACAUCCGUGCACAUUCUUUGGUAACAUUUGUGUAAAGUUAUUGGAAAGUGAAUGUUAAUAUAUGUGAUUUUCGAUUCAUAUGCAUAUUCAUGAAAAUAAGAAAAGUAAAAAAACACAUUUGUGUUGCAUUUAAGAGUUUUGUUUGGUUCAUUAUGUGUUUAAAGAAAAAACGUGUAGCAGCAAGCAACACAAGUGCUGUCCAGAGCUACAGAGUGUUCCACAGUGAAUUUUUUUACGUUUUUAUUUAUUUAUUUUCUUUGAAUGGUGUGGUAAGACAAGACCACAUUUUAUUGGUUACUUUUUUUAAGUUCUGUUGAAAUAUGUACCGUGCCUGGCUUUAUACGUCUCUUUAUGUGUCUAUUGGUUUGUUUGUUCUCCAGAUAUGCCCAUGAUGUAUUAAUACUUUGUUUUUUUUUUAUAAUGAUUUAAUGUUUUUUAUUCAUCACACUGCUUACAAUCACUGACAUUUAACAAGGCCUUCCCAGGAUUCUCCAGGGUUUUAAUGUUUGGCUUAAUGGACAACAAAAAUAAGUACACAAUCAACCAUUCCCAGCUCAUUUUAAAACAAGGCAGGCGAUUCAUUCACUCUCUUUCUCGGUUGACGUAAUGAUGCAAAAUCUGCCUUACACAACCCACUACAGCUGUUAGAAAUUAUCCAAGUUAUUUAGCGAGGGAUUUUUGUUGGAAUGGUCAUGUUGUUCCAUAAACGCAUCUGAACAAAUGAAAAUAUUUGCUGCAAUUCAAGUCAAGGUGUUGCAUUGGAUAUUUUGACAGUUAAGUGAACAUUUUACCAUUAUUACGUGAUUGCACAAAAAGCCAUAGUUUAGUAGAUAAUAGUACAACCCAAAUCUUUACUUGUAUGUGAUGACCUCAAAACCUGUUAUUUUAAUAAAUCAACUAUAAGAAAGCUAGUUUGAAACAUUCCCGAAUAUGCAUACAUUCUCAUCCAGCCACCCAAAAGUCAUUUCUGGCCCAUGUAAAAUUAAA